AUGCUUCCAAUUUAUCGCUUCGUUGCCGGUGGAUUCACUGUGGUGAUUCUGUAUGAGUUGUACGCCAUUGGAAUGGUGCUUUACGCGAUUUGGAGAGGCCGUUUCUGUUCUCGAAAGAGUCCAAUCUAUAUCAUUUCCACAUCAAAUCUUGUCUCCGAUUUCCUCAUGUUGGUCAUUCAUUUGUUCUACUUUGUGCCAUCUCUUUUCUUUCAGUCAUAUUUCUUCCCGAAAGGUGUCGAUGAUCAACGCGUGAUCUUUCUUUCAUCACUUUUCAUGCUUCUCUGGUAUCAAUCGUCACUCUCGCAAAUAUUGAUGGCAGUUAAUCGAGUCACUGUCAUGUGCUUCAGUCGAUAUACAGUGUUUACCCGAAAGGUGACUCUCAUUUCCACUCUCGGCAUCUACCCAAUGUCUUUCGUUUUGGCUGUGUUCUCACAAUAUAUUUUCCCAUGUUGUCGGUUUUCCUUUGAUUAUGUUGUUUAUUCAUAUCGUUAUGUGACGAUUCCGAAUAUUCUAAACUAUCCGAAUACAUAUUUCGAUUUGCCCCUCAAUUCUGCAUCGACAAUCGUUUGCGCUUUGUGCUAUUCUUGGAUUGUUCGCUGGAUUUAUGUGUUUAACUCAAAAACCGCAUCGGAAGUUUCUCAAAAAAAGAAAAAUAUGGAGAUAAAGUACGCGAAACAAUUCUUUCUCAUCUCCGUUUUCUACAUGAAUGCCUGGACGAGUUUUCGAUAUUUGCCAAUUCUAAUCGGCGGCGAGAAUCUGUUUUUGUAUUCGUUUUGCUCGUUGAAUGUUCUUCUCAAUUAUGGCGCCAAUGGACUCGUCUAUUAUUACACGAAUUCCGAGGUGCAAGCGAUACUGCGUAACGGUCGAAAUUUCUCCGAAGCUGCUUCAUCCACAUAUAAACCGAAUAUUUACAUCACGGAAACAUCAAAAUCUCAAGCAAAAACGGAAAACAACUCUGUGAAUAAUAACAAU